AUGAAUGUUGAAAAUCAAGAUCCAAAUAUAAUGGUUAUCCCUAAUAACAAUUUGGGUCCAAUUGAUGGUAAUAAUAUAUCACCAGCAAUGAACGAUGAAAAUUCAAAUAAUGGAUCAUCAUUUCUCAAGAAUCUUGUAAACACAGGAACCAAUCUUUUAUUCUCAUCAUCAUCAUCAAUUGCAUCACCACCAAAUCUUGGAGGCCUUUCAAAUGAUUCCACCAACAACAACAGCAAUAGCAAUAAUACUAUUGAUUCAUCUAAGCCUUUAUCAUUUGAAAAUGAUAUGUCUGAUGGAUAUGAAGCUUUGGUAAGAAGAAGUGAAAUUGCAAUUGACCAAUGUAAAGAAUUAUUAGACUUUUUUAAAAAAAGAGCAUCUGAAGAAGAAAAAUAUUCAAAAAAUAUUUCAAAUAUGUUUUCAAAAUUUAAAGUUAAAGACGACCAUGAUACAUUCCAAAAAGGUGUUUCACUUUUAAAUAAAAUUAAUGAUGCAGAAUCAACAAUUCACAGAUCAUUCUCUCAAAAUAUUACAACUAAUCUUUAUCAUCCACUUAAUGAAGCAAUUAAAGAUAUGGAGAAAUCAAGAAAGAGGUUAUUAGAAGAUGGUAAAAAAUUAAAAAAUGAUUUAAAAGAUUCAAUUGAAAAUGUUAAGAAAUCAAAUCAAAAAUAUGAAAAAUUAUGUAGAGAGAUGGAACAAGCAAAAUUAGAAUUAAUUGAAGAAGGAAAUGAUACAAAAUCAGGUAAAGUUGAAACAUUGGAGAAAAAACUCGAAAAGACUAAAUUGGCUUCAAUUAAAGCAGAGGAUGAAUAUAAGGAGCAAAUAAAUGAGACUAAUGAAUUCAUCAGUGGUGUUUAUCAAAAUAGAUUAUCAGAAAAUCUAAGAGAAUUUCAACAAUUUGAAUUGACAAGAUUAGAAAUCAUGAAGAGUAACAUUAGAAAUUAUAUUGGCUUUAUGAAAGAUAUUCCACAAGCACUACAAUGCGAAAUUGAUAGUACCAAAGGUUUCGUUGAUAUUAUUGAUCCAGAGGUUGAUUUACAAAAUUACAUUAUGAAUAAUAGUAAUCCAAAGAAAGUAUUAUUACCAUUCAUUUUCGAGGCAUACAAUGAUCAUAAACCAUUUGUUGAUCAACAUAAUCAAAAUUCAUCCUCAUCUUCAUCAACUAAUGCAUUAAAUUAUGCAAGUCCAAUGAGUGCAUCCGGCUCAAUUACCAAUACAAUUACUUCACAAUCAGGUUCCACAAUCAUUAGCAAUGGUGCCUCACAGCCAAUUGAAAUACCAUCACCCCAACCAAUCUCUGAACAACAACAAAUACCACCACAACAACAACAGCAACAACAGCAAGCUCAAGUUCCCCCAACAUCUAUAAAUCAAUCAUCAAGUCCACCAGUUAAUCCAAUGGGAAGACAACAAUCAUUGAAAGAGAAUAUUUUUGGUUUUUUCAAUAAAGCAACAACAAAUCUUAAAUCCUCAACUUCAUCAUUACUAACAAAGGAUGGUAAUUCGACAACCUCCUCUAACACAUCAACUAGCAACUCCAAUCAAUUAUCAAAAUCGGGUAUUGGUUUACCAAUUAUUAAUACAAAUUCAAUAUUUGGUGUAGAGUUGGAAGUAUUAAUAGAGAAUGAUAAUUCAAAAAAGAAAGGCAAUGGUGUUGAAUUAGAGGUCCCAUUAAUAUUGACUCAAUUUGUUCAAGCUCUAUUGAAAUUGGAGUCAUUCAAAAUGGAUGGUGUUUUUGUUUCACUUCCAUCUCAUUUCAAUAUUCAACAAGAGAAACAAAAACUAGAUCAAACUGGUACUUUAGAAAAUAUUACUGAUGUUUAUUUAAUCGCAAGUUUAUUUAAAAAUUGGAUUGGUGAUUUACCAAAUCCAUUAAUAAGUUAUGCUAUUUAUCAAGAGAUCAUUGAAGCACCAGAUAAUGCAUGGAAAAUUAUAGAAUCUGGUAUUCCAAUACUUCAUAGAAGGGUAUUACACUACAUUAUUGACUUUUUAGUUGAUUUUGUAAAUUGUUCAAAAAUGGAUACCCACAGUAUUUCAUUAAUAUUCACACCUGUAUUAAUUAGAUCCCCAUUUAAUGGUGAUAGUUUGUUAAACUCAAAGAAAGAAGUUGCCGUUAUUGAAAAUAUGAUCAUUGAUUCCUUAGAAACAAAAAGAGGAAACUAUAUCUUGAAAAGAAAUUUACCAAUCAUUCCAGAUGAUGAAAAUUCUGAUGAUGAUGAUGAUGAUAGUGGUCAUAUAGAUGAUGAAAAUAAUAGCAGUACAAGUGGUGAAAAUGAUAUUAAUACUACCAAUAUAAAUAAUAAUAAUAAUGUCAAUAGCAAUAAUGAUACCAAUAAUAAUAAUAACAAUAGUAAUACUACAACUACUAAUAAUAAUAAUAACAAUGAUAGUAAUAAUUCAAACUCUACUAAUAAUAAUAAUAAUAAUAAUAAUAAUAAUACUAAUAAUGAUGAUAAUGAAAGUAAUAAUAGCGGAUAUGGUGUAAGUAGUAAUGGCAAUAAUAUUAAUAGUAGUGUUGGUGGAAGUGUUACUCAUCAUUUUUUAUAUCAAACUACACCAACUAAUAAUGUAACACCUGUUUUAUCAGAUUUCUUUGAUACCAACAGCUCAAAUGGAUCCAGUAAAGCAAAUACAAAUACCCACAAUCUUGGAGUAAGAAAUUCAAGUAACAUUUCAUUCGAUACUAUCUCAACAAAUCAAUCAGACUCUGAACCUGUAUUAGUUGAAUAUGAUAACGAUGAUUUUGACAUUUUAUCUUAUAAAUAA